AUGUUAUUUAAGGGUCCUUGCAAAAGUGGCACUAUUAACAUUGAGGGAACUAUCGUCGCCCCAAAAACCCAAGGUGCUUGGAAGUGGGGUGGUAUUAAUAAGGGAGCAUGGGUGAAGUUCUCGGGAAUAAGUAACCUUGUCAUCCAGGGAGGAGGAAAAAUAGAUGGAGAAGGUGCUUCUUGGUGGCAAACUUACCCGGAAAUUACACCAAAUGCACUUCAAUUCCAUCAAUGUAAGAAUCUAAGGCUUAGCAACUUGACUCACAUCAACAGCCCAAAAAUUCAUAUAAGCAUAUAUUCAUGCAAUGACUUUAGCAUCGCGAACAUUCAUAUUAUUGCUCCAGAGAAAAGUCAAUCCACCGACGGGAUUGAUAUCACAAGAUCAUCUAACAUCCUCGUUGAGAAUUCUAAUAUUGAAACAGGGGGUGACUGCAUUGCCAUUAAUAAUGGUUCCACCUUCAUCAACAUAACUGGUGUUACAUGUGGUCCUGGUCAUGGCAUAAGUGUUGGGAGUCUUGGAAAAAACAAUACAUAUGAAACGGCAGAAGAGAUAUAUGUACACAAUUGUACCUUCAUAGGAACUCAAAAUGGAGCUAGAAUCAAGACAUGGAGGUGGCUUACUGGCUUUGGUUCCAAUCACUCUUCUCUACUUCUGUUACAUGACAUUGUUGAUUUUCAUUAUGCUGUCUGGGUUCUAGUUCACUCUUCUUUUCGUAGUUUUGGAACACCGGGAGGAUCUGGAUACGCAAGAAAAAUAACAUUUGAAGAUAUCAUACUUGUUGGAGCAAAUAACCCUAUUAUCAUUGACGAACAGUUUUAUGCUAUUGGACAUAAUGAUAUACACACGGGAGUGCAAGUGAGUGAUGUGACUUAUGACAAUGUGAGGGGAACCACAGAUUCUAAUAAUGCAAUCUCAUUGACAUGUGACGACAAAGUUGGUUGCACCAAUCUUGUAUUCAAUAAUAUUAAUAUAACCACUAUGAGUGGAUCAGAACCAUUUGUAGAAUGCUAUAUGGCACAUGGGAAAUGCUCUUCGAGUUUUCCAAAUGUCACAUGUCUUUCUGCAUAG